AUGGUAUUAGAGUCUCGUUUAAGAUCCGGUGGACCAGGCUGCAAUUGGGAGGGAAUUGGAAUGAUGAUCAGAAUGAAGCUUUGCAAGAAGUAUUACAAUGGUGAGGAGUGUCCUUAUUAUAAUAAGUGUAGCUUUCUUCAUGAGAAUCCUGCUAAGUUUAGGGACGACUUUUGGAAAACAAGAGAGUCCUCUACCAUCAGCAUUGGAACUUGUAAUAAUUUGGAAGGCAAUAGGGUUGGGACUAUGCCAGCAAGGGGCACUUAUUUGAACGCUAAGACUUGUCUUAAGUGGAUGAAUACCGGGAGCUGUCCCUUUGGUGAUAACUGCUUUGCUCAUGGAGAUGCAGAGUUACAAGAUCCUGAUGGGAGCAUUGAAGCAGAAGCUGCAGUUGCCAAAGCAAAUUCAACAAAAGCUGUCAUUCCAACUUUACCAACAAUAAGUUGUUCGACCAAUGAUGCACCUACUGUACCAGCAACUGCGGCGAUGGAAGAGGAGAAGAAGGCAAAGAAGAAAUUACUUUGGAAGAAAUUAAACAAGUCAACCGUAUUAAUGGCGAUUGGAUUGAUGAUUAACCUCUAA